AUGGCGGGGCCAGAGCUGCACUUCGAAAAAUUUCUAGGAAAAGGCUCGUUUGGUUCGGUGAGCCUCUUCAAAUACAAAGGAAAGCGCGACGGUAAGACGCUUUACGCCGCCGUUAAAACCUCCGACGAUAAACACGCUGAGUCUCUCUACAGAGAGUUUCAGAUCCUGUCUGAGUUCAAGGGAUGUUCGAGAAUCGUCCAGUGUUACGGAACCAAAGUGCAAGAGAGAACCAACGACGAAGGUUGCACAGAGUACAACAUCAACAUGGAGUACGCACCUGGAGGAAGCUUGAGGAGUUUCAUCAACCGAUUCAAGGACAGGAAGUUGCCUGAUCCUUUGAUCAGAGACUUGACCCGUAUGCUUCUCGAAGGGUUAGCCACGGUUCACGAACACGGCUAUGUUCACUGCGAUCUCAAACCCGGAAACAUCCUCGUUUUCCCGAGUUGUGUCUACAAGAACGGCGAGUGGAGAUCGUCUUACGAAUUGAAGAUUUCUGAUUUCGGUUUGUCGAGAAGAGACGGUGACAGCAGCUGGUGGGAACCUCAUCUUCCCUUCGCCGGAACACCGAUCUAUAUGUCGCCGGAAUCGGUCUCCCACGGCGAGACGGGGAAAGGCCUUGAUUUAUGGUCGUUGGGAUGUGUGGUGUUGGAGAUGUACACCGGAAAGAAACCAUGGUGGCAUAAAAAGUAUGACUUGAAGGAUCUCAUGAACUGCUACGAGCCGUUGAUUCCGAGUGAUCUUCCUUGCGAUGCAAAACUCUUUAUCAUGACUUGCUUUGCUUUGGAGACACAAGACAGAAAAGACGCUUCGACAUUGUUGAGGCAUAGCUUCUUGCGUGGAUACGUCAACAAGAUCACGGAGCCUCAUGUGAAUGUGAAGACUGAGAUUCGGAGAGAUUUCGCUCUGGAAUUGGAGAAAAUUAGACAAGGGCUUUCGGAAAUUAGGUCUAUUUGCGUAUAG